AUGUGGACGUAUGUGUCAGGCCAAGUUUUAGCAACUCUCCACUCACUCCUCCCGACGCGCCCCGGACUGUGCCAAGUUCUCGCACAGGCUGAAAGGCGCGUGCGCACACCUACAUCCCCGGGAGGCCCCUGGGCGGCAGCUUCCGGAUUGCGCACGCGCGGUGUGCGGCGGUCGCCAUGGAGACGCGUGGCGCUGGCCGGGCGCUUAGCUCCUGCGGCCGCGGGCUCGGCGGCGGGGGUCUUGGGCUGUCCCUGGCGCGGGUGGCGGCGCGGAGGGCGAAUGGACUGCCGCGGUGGAGCGGGGGCGUCGGGGUACGGCGAAGAGGGCGAGGACGACGAGGACGACGACGAGGAGCGAGAGGGUGGCACUGCGGGCUUUCAGGGCGCCAAACUGCCCCCCAUCGCAGGCAGCGCCUCAGAACUGAACAAACGGAAGGUGAAGAAGAAAAAGAAGAAGAAGACGACCAAGGGGUCCGGCAAGGGGGACGAUAAACAUCAGAGUCCAGGCCUGAAGAGUCAGCAGCUGUCCUCAUCCUUUCACCACAUCUUAAGUCCCAGCAAAGAUCAUGGCCCCAGGCAAGAGCACAAACAGGACAAAGGUGAAAACUGGCCCAUCCCCCCUUACUCCUCCACUGUAAGUCUCCCCCAUUCUGCUGAAAUAGAAGAGAACCUCUCCAACCAGAUCAACGAAAGCCUGCGUUGGGACGGAAUUCUCGCAGACCCAGAGGCCGAAAGAGAAAGGAUUCGCAUAUACAAGCUGAACCGGAGGAAGCGGUACCGGAUUUUGGCCCUCAAGGGCUUCCACUCUGACCUGGGUGGCCAGGAGAACCCCGAGAACCUGCCGUACCUCCCGGAUAAAGAGAGCAGCACCGAGGGCAGGCCCAGCCACGGCUUGGAAGGAAGCCUCACGCCCAGGCUGCUGCGCUCUGAUCUGGCUGCCGCUCUGCCAGAGUGA